UUGUCGGUCUGGGAGAGGUGGAUACGGAGAGCAGGGGUGGCGGGGGGGGCGGGUGAGUGGAGAGUGAGAGAUAGAAAUAAGCAGGCUCACCCCAUACUCCUGGAAUCAUCCUUGCAUACAGGAGUUAUCGAGAGAUGGGGGGGUGGGUGUCGGAAAUAGGCUAUACAAAUCCAAUUUCUUAAUGAGCGAAAUAUCCCGGACGGUCAUUCCCAAAUUUCUUUGCGCGUCCUAGAAGUUGUAAUUGCACUGCUGCGCUGGUUAUACGACUGCAACACCAUGGGGAACAUGGAGAGCCAGAGGUGGGACCGCCUAUUUUACAGAGAUGGUGCUGGAUAUUUGUGCCACUCGUCCCGGAAGCACAUGUCCCAGUCCCUCCAUGUCACUGGCAAGCUGACAAGGUGCUCGCAGUACGUGUCCUCAGGGAAGGUGGAGCACCGAAGCUCAGAAGCCAGCACACGAUCCAGUAGCACGCCCAGUAUCCCCCAGUCUCUGACUGACAAUGGGCUGAAGCCCUUCAAUGAGGCCGGCACCCUGCCUGAUUUUGGCAGCCCCAUUUGGGUAGACCGCGUGGCCAUGAGCCUGAGGCCCAGGUCGUUCCAUAACCACGUGGCUUUGAACCUCAUGGACCCACAAAAGACUCAGGUGGUACUCCCAGGGAAACGGGGCAGCAAGGCAUAUGCUAGGGGCUCUAUCCUCCUCGAGAAGGUAAGGGUUGGGCCAUGGAAACGCGCCAGACACAGGAAGAAGCGGUCCAGGUCUGCAGAAAUGCAUCGGGAUGACAGCCUGGAUUUCUCCAUCUCCGAUCUCAGCAGUACGGAGGAGAUUGCGGAGGGUGACUGUCACGGGAACUAUGGCAACCUGCUGGAUAUCAAUAACAGGUCCAGUUCCAUGGAAGAGUUCUAUGCCCAGGGCAAUCCGUCUCGCACACUCCUUCGGUACUUCGUCAAGCACUGGCCAAGGUCUGAAAAAACCACCUUAGAGGGUGGAAGCAGUGAGGCCUCAUCACCAUUUGAGGAGGACAGGAGUACUUUUGGCGCCUAUACCUUGCCUUGCCGGCAUUCCCACUGCCUGUCAGAGGGACUACCGAGCCACCAGGGGGCACUAUGUGAGAGGUUGCAGGGUCGGAGAGUGCUGACCACUCAGGAUGUAACAGCGGGGGACAGCAGUGAGUAUGGCGACAGCGGCAUCGACGGGGUCCCGCCCGACACGGAGCGGCGGUCGCGCCGCUACAAAACCAUGUCGGCUUCUUUAUCCGUGUGCUCAGCUACGGCACGCAGCCUGUUCAGCAGGGGAGGCAAGUUUGCCACCCAGGGAGUGUAUGAGAAUUUGCAGCUGGAGAGGAGCACCUUCCACGCAGUGGAGUGCCCAGUGGAGGUGGGAUCGAGUCCCAGCGAUGAGAGGAGCGAUGGCAUCAGGGGCCCCUGUGCCUGCCCGUCAGACCCAACGCCUGGCUCCACCCAUAGCAUGGUGCGCAAGGCCGGAGCCCUCUCUGUUAAGAACUUUUUGGUGCACAAAAAGAACAAGAAAGUGGAACCAGCCGGACGACGCAGAUGGAGGCGCUAUUGGGUAUCCCUGAAAGGGUGCACCCUGUUCUUCUAUGAAACGGAUGGACGCUCAGUGAUCGACCACGACAGCAUCCCGAAGCACGCGGCGUUUGUGGAAAACAGCAUUGUUCAGGCCGUGCCAGAGCAUCCCAAAAAGGACUUCGUGUUUUGCCUGAGCAACUCGCAGGGGGACGCUUUCCUUUUCCAGACGUCGAGCCAGACAGAGCUGGAGAACUGGAUCACGGCCAUCCACUCUUCCUGUGCGGCGGCGCUGGCCCGACAGCAGCGUUGGGAUGACACCGUGCGCCUGCUGCGCUUUGAGAUCCGCAAGCUGGAGCAGAAGAUCGACAUGGACGAGAAGAUGAAGAAGAUGGCAGACAUGCAGCUCUCCACCGUCCCUGACAACAAGAAGAGAAAGACCAUCCUGGAGCAGAUAUUUCUGUGGGAGCAGAAUCUGGAGAAGUUUCACAUGGACCUAUUCAGGUUUCGCUGCUACCUGGCCAGCCUGCAGGGCGGCGAGCCACCCAAUCCGAAGCGGCUCCUGGCGGCGGCCUCCCGCUCCACUAAAAUAGCCAUGGGACGUCUGGGGGUCUUUUCAGUCUCCUCCUUCCAUGCACUGGUGGCAGCACGCACAGAGACUGGGGUGCGCCGACAGACAAAGAUCAUGUCCAGGACCUCAAGCAAGCACAAGAGCAGGUUCUCCUCGCUCUGGGGGCUGGACACCAUGUCAAAAAAGAAGACAAAGGACCGGCCGAGUAUCAGCCAGGUGUUUGCUGAUGGCAGGGAGCUGGCAAAGGAGUGCCCGGAUGGCACGCUAGUAGUCACCGCCAAGGAACGCGCGAAGAUGGAGAGCAAAGGACCACCGAAGGACAUUCCCAAGCGCCUCACAGAUGGAGAUGUUUGGGUCUCCAGCAGCCUCAUACCUUCGUGGGUGUGUCUGCCCAACGAUCGGCCAGUGCUCGCCGUCAUCCGGCCAGGGGAGUCCACGCUCGACGUCCUGGAGAUCAUCUGCAAGGCUCACCAACUGGACCCUAGCAAGCAUUACCUGAGACUGAAGUUUUUAAUUAAUGAGCAAGUGCAAUUCUACGUCCCCGAGCCUGAAGAGGAACUGAAAGACCUACUAUACAAGGAGGUUCAGAUCUGCUUGAGGCUCACAAAAGUGAUAUCAUUUUUUCGCCGCAACUCAUACAUGAUUGGUUACGGAUUUUCCGUCUCCGUGGUAGACGAGAACGACAUGCAGAAGCUCUUCGUCACCAGUAUAAAGGCAGGAAGCUCAGCCUUUGCCAAAGGACUGAGAGUUGGUGAUGAGGUGCUGCAGAUUAAUGGCAAGGAGCCAAACUGUAUGACGUUCUCAGAGAUGAAGACGGUGUUCUCCCAGUCAUCCCUCAUUCUGACCGUCAGCACGCUGCCCAUGGUGCAUCGCAACCAGCUCUGCUACCUUCCCCCUCGGCAUUCUGAUGGAGUGAAAGACCUCCACACAGACAUCUUCUCCCAGGAUCAAGAGGACAUCCUGGACAAUGGCGUAUCCUUGGAUUUGGAGAGCCCUUGUGAUUGUAUCCAUGGCGAUUCUGAGAGCUUCAGCGAUCUGGUGGAAGGUCUGAAGAGCACAGAGCAGGUCGCGGCGUUCUGCCGCAGCCUCCAUGACAUGAAUCCCUCGGAGGGUUCGUCCUCGCCCAGCCCGGAUUCCCCCCUCCCGCCGACGGCCACCCCGCGCCAGCUGUCCGACGCCGAUAAACUUCGCAAGGUCGUCUCUGAGCUGGUGGAGACGGAGCGCACCUACGUCAAAGACCUCAACUGCCUUAUUGAGAAGUAUCUGACACCACUGCAGCAGGAGAAGUUCCUGACGCAAGACGAGCUGGACGUGCUAUUUGGUAACUUGGUGGAGAUGGUGGAAUUUCAAGUAGAAUUUCUCAAAACCCUGGAAGAUGGGACACGACUGGUCCCAGAUCUGGAGAAGCUUGAGAGGGUAGACCAGUUUAAGAAAGUGCUUUUCUCGCUUGGCGGCUCGUUCCUGUACUACGCGGACCGCUUCAAGAUCUACAGCGCCUUCUGCGCCAGCCACACAAAGGUCCCCAAGGUCCUCGUCAAAGCAAAGACAGACCCCAACUUCAAGGCCUUUCUGGAUGCCCGGAACCCCAGGCAGCAGCACUCAUCCACCCUGGAAUCGUAUCUCAUCAAACCCAUCCAGCGAGUACUCAAAUACCCACUUCUUCUGAAGGAACUCUACUCCCUGACUGACCCGGACAGCGAGGAGCACUACCACCUGGAUGUGGCCAUGAAAGCCAUGAACAAGGUGGCCAGCCACAUAAACGAGAUGCAGAAGAUCCAUGAAGAGUACGGGGCCGUGUUCGACCAGCUCAUCACUGACCAGGCUGCUGACAAGAAGGAGGUGGCUGAUCUGUCCAUGGGUGACUUGCUUCUCCAUACCACCGUGGCCUGGAUUAACCCUCCAGCUUCCCUUGGAAAGUGGAAGAAAGACCCAGAAUUGGCCACGUUUGUCUUCAGAACCGCCAUUGUGUUUGUACACAAGGACUGCUCUAAGCCGAAGAAAAAAAUCGGUGGGGCGCAUCGAGGCUCCACCCCAGACGAGAAGGACCACUUCCGUUAUCGUCACAUGAUCCCCACAGAUGUCCUUCAGAUCCGGUCCCUAGCAAACGGCGAGGGCACGGCAGUGUGUGAGAUCGUCCAUGUGAAGUCCGAGUCCGAAGGGAGACCGGAGAGAACUUUCCAGCUCUGCUGCCGGUCCCCGGAGAGCAAGAAGGAUCUGCUGAAGAUGGUGCACUCGGUGCUGCGGGACAAACAGCGCAGGCAGCUGCUGAAGACAGAGAGCCUCCCCCUCAGCCAGCAGUACGUGCCUUUCGGGGGGAAGCGUCUGUGUGCCCUGAAGGGGGCGCGACCCGCCAUGAACCGGGCAGUCUCUGCUCCCACUCGAACACUUGGCCGGCGAAAGCUGGUGCGUAACCGCUUCACCAUCGACACGGAUGUGGUGUACGACGGGGGCCCCGACAGCGAUCCGUCCACGGAGCCGGUCACUCCGGGGACACCCGAGACCCCCGAUGGGCCUGCUGAGCUGGUGCACGGGGACACGGACCGCUGGGUGGAGGAGCAGUUCGACUUGGACCGCUAUGAGCAGGAGGAGGUCAAGGAGACGGACAUCCUGAGCGAUGAGGACGAGUACUACACUUUGGCGAGGGGAGCCUCCUCCGAGACAGACCUGGAGGCCCCUCUGAGAGCCCUGUCCCUGGGGGAGGCUGCCUGGCAGGAGGGAGAGGACGAGGAUGAGGCUGGGGAUCCGGGCCUACUCAAAGACCCCAUGACAGACCAACCAGAAAAGACCCCCGAGUGCACGCAAGACCCUGGAGCACAGCAUAGAAGAGCCAGUGAGGAAGUCAUAUGGCUGCGGCGAGAUGACUCAGAGGGACGAGUGAAUACCUGAAAACAUGCAAGACAGACCUGGAUCCCAUUGCGUCACUCACAAAUAUCUAAACUGGUGGGAAAACAACAUUGUCGGCAUGCCGUUUCAGAGACCUGUACCGUAAAACGCUAUUCACAGCUAAUGUUGCUUCCCAAAAGUAUUUAUUCUAUAAGUAAACACCCAUAAAAGAACUUUGCACAAUUUAAACCCCCACCCAAUCCUGUUUCAAUAACAGCAACAUAAAUCACAUAAUUUAACUUUGUUCGCAUGCCUCCAUGCUGAUGAGAGACGUUGAUGGCAAUAAUAACUAAAGGAUUUGAACGCGAUAAGUAUUAACCACCGGCGUGGUUUGCACAUGAGCCUGAGGCAGCUAACUUACUUUCCAAUCAUUUCCAGUUUUAUAUUUUAAGCCUGGGAAACUGGAGUGCAUUUCCCUUAAGAUCUCGUGGCUCAGACGGUUCACGUCAUACUUAAGGGCUGAAAGAAUUGGGCCACUGCAUGGGGGGGGCAGGAAGAGGUCAAAGAGGCGACCUUUGAGAAGCCUGAAUGAAAAGCGGGAUAAACUGAAAUUUUGUGUCAUAUUGUUUUAUUAUUAUUGUAUUAAUUCAAUCAAAAAGCACCGAUUUAUAUAUGUAUUGCUUUCUGGAAAAGGUGUUGAACAUUUCCAUUUAUGUUCUGUAGUUGUGCACAAACAUCACAGUAUUUCUGUCUUCUCGGAAGGUAAGGCUUUUAUUUUUUUAUCGUUAAUUUUACUUGUCCUGUUUUACUUGAAUUUUUUGGCAGUAUAAGAAGCAGGUUUUAUUGUUUUUGCCAUUUCUUUGUCACGCUGCCUUUCAUUUGACUUCAUUUGCUUUUAAAAGUUUUCAUUUGAUGCCAGGUAUGGUUUGCAGUGCUCUUCAGUUCAUCAGGCCACGUGCACGCUUUGUGUAAAGGUUAAUCUGAAGUAUAGAUGCUAGCCUUCAAGAGCUCUUCGAUAAUAAAAAAAAAUAAAUGCACUUACUGUAAUAUUACACCCAAGUCAAAUGAAUCCUUUAGUAUCCUUGUACUGUAGUUGAUAAAUAUCAUAUGUAUCUGGUGCCUAUAUUAACAGGCAAAGCAAUGUUGUUUUUUAAUUAUUUUAUGAAUUAAACAGUAGUAUUGGCUCAGAAAAAUGCACGGUAUAUUUUGGUAAAUUCUUCAGAUUGUGAAGUGCAAUCAAGAUAUGAAAAGUGUCUGAAUUAGUGGAGCUGAAGGUUAGUUUGUUAAUAAAAUAAAGCUCAUGUUACCAAGACUUUUUAAAACUCUGUUAUGUACAUAUGACUGUGUCUUGAUAUUAUAUCCAAUAAACUGGUUUCCUACUGUGUGUUUACUUUCU